AUGCAUAACUUCAUCGCUCAAUCGCUGUCGCAUACUCGCAUCCCUAAAAUCAACGAGGCAAAAAAUAGAAAAAACAAUAUUAGAACGGGUACACUUGUAACACUAGCCAAAAAUAAUGUGACUGAAAAUCUGAUGACAAUUAACGGCGUGAAAACAUCAGUUGCAACCACGGGCGCAACCAAAACAAAAACCAUAAACCAUGGUUGCAACCAUAGUCCACAACCACCCGAUUCCACAUGA